AUGACCUGGCAAAACAUCCUAGACGAGCUGAAAAAAGCCGCUCUGACAGUCAGCAAUCAAGGACCAGCAUCUGACAGUAUCCUCGGAGUUAAGUACCUGACACUCCAGCAUUCUGCAGACCACUGGGAGGAGCUUCAUGCUCCCGUUCAUGCUAUCUUCGGUUGGGGACAAGAAGGGGGUCUACUAUCUUCGAAAUCGAGUCAGGCAGACUUUCUCCUUAUACACGACUUUCUGAAUACCUUUGCCCAAACUCUUUUUGGCACAACAGAGCUUGUCUACAAUCUUGGAACAUCCGCGCUCAGUGUCUCAGAGGGCCGGUAUCACGCUAUGAAACCAUGGGCCUUUGAAUGGUGGGAAGCAGCUGGGAUGGUGGCAGUGUGCGAGAUUCUUGCGUUGCAGUUCGUGACAUGCGGUAUAGGGAGCAGCCGGGGUCCUGUAGCUGCCUGUUCGAAUGAAGCUACAAUACACGUAUCCCUGCGUCUUGGAGGUUCUUCAACAACUUGCCGCUGCGAGGCGACGCGAGAAGAAUCUUGUGGGAUGCGGAUCGGGUUCGGAACUAUGACAAAAAUUUCAGUAUUAUGGUCGAGCAACAUGGGUGAUACGAUACGAUACAUACCUCCGUAG